AGGAAACGAAAGAAGAAACGACUUACCAUCACCAACUCGCCCUCCACUCUAUAGGUUUCGUUAGUAUCGCACUCUUAACGGAGUCCAUCGAUCAGAUUAGCACUAGCUCACAAUCAAACUCAAGCUCAAAGGCCCGAACUAGAUUCAAACAACAAACUAAACAAAACAACUCGCGCAUCAUCGUGUAAGACAAGGGCAGUGCAGUUUGCAACUGACUUCGUCAUCAUUAAGUAACAGAACUAAGGUUUUCUUCUCUUCAAGAUCAAGCUCAACUUCAUCGGCAUUGGCCGCGUUUCUUCAGUAGCAGCUGACUAUCUAGAUCUACUCGCUUAUCGAAUCAAAGAACAGCCAAGAUGAGCUCCUUUCAGUUUCAGCCGGUGUUAGCCAAGGACAUUUACCGUCGUCGGAUGGAAAACAUCACGAACGACGUCCAGUUUUCGAAUGAAUUCGAGGCGGAGCAUUAAGGCUAUACUCUUGACAGAGAUCCGCUUUUGAAUUUCUCCUACAAGUACAACUACUAAGUACUGUGGUGCCCUUCUUCUUGUCAUAGUCAUUGUCAUUGACACACUCUAAUCUCUCGGGCGCGGUGUGGCCGGGCCGUGUACGGUGGAGCAUGUGAAACGCUUCCGCAUGACACGCCACAAGGUGAAUGAGCCACGCUUAAGGCAACCACAGAAGCAAUUUCUGAUCUUGUUACUCCACCAUCGUUCGCGAAAGUAAUAUAUGAGUAUGCCUCUAAUUACCGACGAAACUUGGGUGACUUGGUUCGGACAUAUCUUCGAGUGUACGAUGCGCCCCGGGUUGGUCCAGGACUAUAUAAAGCAGGGGAUUUUUAAAAAGGAUGACAAGUGCCACUAUGUGAGGACUGGGAAAUGUACUAUGGUUUUUCUUAAGCGCUGCUCGACGAUGGCAUUCGUUUUCGUUUCAAUUCAGAGGAAGACCACGCUUGAUUUUGUUUGCUUCUCUUGUGUUGUCUUCGCAGUCACACUUGGUUCCUUUAAUAAUAUGGAAUCAAAUUGGUAUCGUCUACCACAGGUUUCGUCGGUGUCGAAGACGAGGGAGAGAUCGAAAUUAUUGCAGGUGGCCAUCGCUGCACAAUGUUGAAGGAGAAACUCGUGGAGCAUGGCGAUGCGUGGGUGGCAGAGCUGCUUAUCAAGAUGAAUGCAUCAGUAUUCUUUUUCAUUUUUUGUUAUGUGUCUUAAACUUAAUCUCUCUCCAAGUGCAACCACCUAAAAGUAAAACUAGAUCUAACGUCGCGCUCGCGGCUCAUUUUCAAUUUUCUGCCCCACCACGACAGAUCCUCAUUCUCUCCGACCGUGCCAUGGCCCCAGCGAAUCGCGACGCUUUGCUCUUAUACAAUUAAGGAAGUUUCAAAUUCAUCUAGAUGUGCCUGAAGCUCUCUAGUAGUGGUUGCAAUGAAACGCAAGACAGAGCUUGCCACAGCUUCGAGCAGUAGCUAACUUUCAAUCAGAGCUGGACUGGGAUAGAUUCACACAGACAGACUCACUCAGACGCGCCUUGCGCUUGUUACUUUACUCUUCGUUAUAUUUUGCCAGUCUCUAAUAUGCAGAUCUCGACAAUGAGGAGGUCGACGGCUUACCGCCGCAGAUCCCGGAUAUUGUCGAUUGCUUGCCUGGUCUUUUGGUGAAUUAUGCGAAAAACCCCGAUGGCGCUUCGAAUGAGCAUGAAUAUGUUGUGAAGGUAUAUACUUAAUUUUGAUGAGAUAGAUUUUCAAUUUCACUUUUUCAUCUCGGGUAGUAUGUAAUACAUUUUGGAACUCGUUUCUUUUUCAAAGUAAUCACUUCCUCUUCCGUUUCUUAUUCUCAAUUUCGUCUUCUCCUUGCUCCUUCCUCCAGCACAAGUACAAGACCAUGCAGUCGACCCGCUUUAAGUGGCUCAAGGAGUUCGCCUUGGUUCGCAGCCUGUUCCAGAAGGGCAGCCUCACUCGCGUUAAGGCGCGAAAAUAUGGAUCGGGAACCGACGUUGCGUCUGUGAUGAGACAGCAGUGCGGAAGCUGGGACAUGGUACCACAGGAAAACCGCUUGGAGGAGGGAGUUGCGCUGGUCCUUACUUUGAAGGGCAACAAGAAGAUCAACAUGAACGGAAACAGGGGGGACUACGUCGAGACGCUGAAGCUCUACUAUGCCAAUACCGAAAAACUGAAGGGCAUGGACGAGAUUGCUGAGGAUGUCAAGCUGAAAGUCUUCGACGAGGUGUCUGGCAAGAUCGUGGACAUGUUGGAAGCAAGGGAGCAGAAGCGUCAAGCGGAGAAGAAAUCUGGGAACACGCGCAUUGUUGCAGACAGUUUCAAGGUGCGUUGCUAUUUCAAGGACUACUUGUAGAAAUAGGCACUCACUCUUAGUAGGAUUUUUUCAGUACAACGAACGAAAGCUGUUCUCUACCUCUUGCUUCUUAUCUCAUCCUCUUACCAUAGCAGACCACAUCUUUCCCAUUCCCCUCUACCUCUUCUCUCAGACGAACCCAGCUGAUUACGGGUUGACCCUUCCCCCCGGAGUGAAGUCUUUUGUUGCGGGAAGCCCUGGAAUGAAGGUCUCUGAGCAAGCGCAGAAGGAUGACAAAUACCUGGCACUCUGGCGACGCGUCGAAGAUAUGCUCCAUGAUGGUGGAUGGGAAUUGGCCGAAGGAAUCUACCAGGUAGUCGAUUUUUGCUUUUGUGUUGACAUCCGCUGCAGCAGCGUAGUUCUUUGGUAAUAAUUUGCUUUGUUAUUCAGAGGUGGGCGUGAACUUGCUUACUGUCUCACUUUGAAAGUGCAGUUCUUCAUCUUCACCACUCAACAAGCAAACACAUACAGUUCGCGAAAAGAACCGACGACAGUGAGCAAAUGGAUUUUAUUUCGGACGAGAUUCCCGCUGGUUGUUUAGUCCAGUUGGCCGGAACCAACCCCCAUCAGAAUGAGGAUUUGGCAAUGGGCCGUGUCUUGAGAGCAGUGGAGGCCCCUCAGGCGUGGCUUACAGCGCUACCUUUAAGACGCAAGCGACUGAUCGUGUAGACUAGACGUAGUUCUUCUUUUUAUCCGUCUGAUUGUUUUAUCAAAUCCUAACUAGGAGCAGCAGAAGCGCUCGCAUGAGAAUAAGCGAUAGAGACGAGAGACGAGUAUGAACCUAAAAAAGAUACUUCACGUUUUUGCUUCUUCCUCUAACAGCGGGUGCAUUGGACAAGAACCAAGUGAAGACCUUGUGCGAACGCACGCUGCGCCGACGCUUGCUUGUCAAGUUGGGAAAGGAUAUGUCUGCUGUCUUACGCGCCGGUCGCAGUUCGUCCAAGAUUAAGGCUUUUGAUGCAGUCAAAGACGAGGAUGCCAAGGCAGUCAUCAAAGGAAACGACAAGAACAAGAAGAGCAACGCGACCACGUCCAAAAGCAAGACUUCCAAGGCUAGUAGUGCAUCUUCUUCUGCUGCUCCCAAAGCAAAGUCCCGCUCCAUGAAGACUUCUUCUGCUGCGUCCGCUUCGUCUAGUGCUUCCUCUUCUGGUGCUGCUUCUCCUGUUCUGCCUUCUUUUGAAUUUGAUGCUGACGCUGACAUGGCGGAUGCGAACGGUGAAGCUGAAGGUGCAGGCGUUGUCAUUAACACCUCUGCCCGCAACAGUUGCGCUUCGUCUACGUCUGCAGCAGAGAACAACAAGAAAGACUCCUUGGAGUCUUAUCUGAAUGAUUCCACCAUUUCGACCUUCGAGAUGAUCAAUGCACAAGAAAACGAACUGGCCAAGUCUGUGAAGAAGAAUCUCGAGUGGUUGAGCAAGCCAGCCGACUACAGCAAGGAGGACAUCAUGAAGAUGUCGUUCGCAGGCGUCGCGAAGGACUGGACUCCACUAUUCAAGCAAGUUUGGCAUCGCGAAGCCGAAUGCCCGUUCAAGGUCUUGCUCUUUCUGAGUUGUGUCGUAUUUGCUAGAAAGUGAAAUGUCUUUGUCUACUUAUUCUCGCUCCUUUCAAUUUAUACCUUCCAUGUGAGUACUACGAAUGUUAAUCCUCUCCUACGACCAUCAGUUUGCGACGGACGCGCUGAUUGUGAACGAAAACAGUAUCCCGAAUAAUCGCACCAUGCUUCGCAGCGGUAUGACAGCUACUUCGCAGACCAAGCUGAAGUAUGGAGAUAUGGCGAGUGGCGUGCUGCUGCGUGGAAAUUACGAGUGCGGAGAUAAGAGAGAGGUGCUGAGCGUCCGCUUCCGCGCGCAGUUGAAGCCUUCUACUGUGCAAGCCGUGGCUGGUGCGUCGAACGUGAAGAACAAGAAAGGAGACGCACACGCAAGCGGCGGGAUCGAUAUGAAUAACGUACUUGCUCUACUUUGGCAGCUCGGCCUCGAGCUCUUUUCAAUUAAGUCAGAUGUUGAUUUGUCAGGAGCAGUGCCUUAGAAUCUCUGAGACAGCACGAUGCGCGAGAACUAGCGCCCACCGUCCUAAUAGAUCACUUUCAAACCUCUCCUCUACAGGAAAUGGCAGAGCGUCUGUACGAAAUUUAUGAGGAAGAAUGGGCUUUGCGUCAUAUCAGCCUCACGCUUACCGUUGUGGAUACAACAGAGGCCCGCAUUUCUUUGCUGGUGCCGAUUCGCAAGCGUGACGAGAACGAUGAGACGAACGUGGAGGAGGCUGCACCCAAGAAGCCCUCCGUGAGAGGCGCACUGGAGUAA